UCCAAAAAAUUCCGAUAUCUCCAAAGAAAAAAAGAAAAUCUCAUAAUCUCUUCAAGAAAGAGAAGGAAAAAAAAAAAGGUUAUUGGUGUAGAAAACAUGAGAGGUGAAGUACCAAACUUCCACUAUUCUUACACCUUCUUCGUCUUCCUCCUCUUCUUGAUUCUGUUCCCUACUUUCUCCAUCUCUUCCAACACUUUGUUGACUACAGAGUCUUUAACAAUCUCAAGCAAGAAAACCAUUGUAUCUCCUGGUGAUGUCUUCGAGCUUGGUUUCUUCAAACCCGGUUCAAGCUCUCGUUGGUAUCUUGGGAUUUGGUACAAGACAAUCUCUAAGAGAACCUAUGUAUGGGUUGCAAACAGAGACCAUCCUCUCUCUAGCUCCAUUGGAACUCUCAGAAUCUCCGACAAUAAUCUCGUCGUUUUGGAUCAGUCGGAAACACCGGUUUGGUCGACGAAUCUGACCGGUGGAAGUGUGAGCACUCCGGUGGUGGCAGAGCUUCUUGAUAAUGGUAAUUUCGUGCUUAGAGACUCUAACAACAACAAUCCAGAUGGAUACUUGUGGCAGAGUUUUGAUUUCCCGACAGAUACUUUACUUCCCGAGAUGAAGCUUGGUUGGGAUCUCAAAACCGGGUCCAACAGAUUGAUUCGAUCAUGGAAACGCCCGGAUGAUCCGGCAAGUGGAGAUUUCACGUUUAAACUCGAAACCGGAGGGUUCCCUGAGAUUUUUCUUUGGUACAAAGAGUCACUAAUGUACCGGAGCGGUCCAUGGAACGGAAUCCGGUUUAGUGGUGUACCGGAGAUGCAACCAUUUGACUACAUGGUUUUCAAUUUCACAACGAGUAGUGAUGAGGUGACUUACUCAUUCCGAGUCACUAAAAGCGACGUUUACUCGAGGGUAAGCCUAAGCUCCAUGGGAGUGUUACAAAGAUUCACAUGGAUUGAGACAGCACAGACUUGGAACCUAUUCUGGUACGCACCGAAAGACCAAUGCGACGAGUACAAAGAGUGUGGUGCGUAUGGUUACUGCGACUCGAACACAUCACCGGUUUGUAAUUGUAUAAAAGGGUUUAAGCCGAGGAAUCCGCAAGUGUGGGGGUUGAGAGACGGGUCGGAUGGGUGUGUGAGGAAGACGUUGUUGACAUGUGGUGGUGGAGAUGGGUUUGCGAGGUUGGAGAAAAUGAAAUUGCCUGAUACUACGGCUGCGAGUGUGGACAGAGGAAUUGGUGUGAAAGAAUGUGAACAGAAGUGUUUAAAGGAUUGUAAUUGUACAGCGUUUGCUAAUACAGAUAUACGUGGUGGCGGGUCAGGUUGUGUGAUAUGGACCGGGGAGCUUUUAGAUAUCAGAAAUUACGCAAAGGGUGGUCAAGAUCUUUACGUUAGAUUGGCUAAUACUGAUCUCGAUGACACGAGAAACAGAAAUGCAAAACUCAUUGGUUCGAGUAUUGGAGUGAGCGUUUUGCUUCUUUUAAGUUUCAUCAUCUUCUACUUUUGGAAAAGGAAGCAGAACCGAUCAAUAGCAAUUGAAACACCUAGAGAUCAAGUGAGAAGCCGAGAUUUUCUAAUGAACGACGUAGUAUUAUCGAGUAGGAGGCACAUAUCUAGAGAAAACAAUAGUGACGAUCUUGAAUUGCCAUUGAUGAAGUUUGAAGAAGUUGCCAUGGCCACAAAAUUUUUUUCUAACGACAACAAGCUUGGACAAGGUGGUUUUGGCAUAGUUUAUAAGGGAAGGUUACUUGAUGGUCAAGAAAUCGCGGUGAAGAGACUAUCAGAGACAUCAUCUCAGGGAAUUGAUGAGUUCAAGAAUGAGGUGAAAUUGAUUGCAAGGCUUCAGCAUAUAAAUCUUGUUCGGCUUCUUGCAUGUAGCGUCGAUGUGGACGAGAAGAUGUUGAUUUACGAGUACCUGGAGAAUCUAAGCCUUGAUUCUCAUCUAUUUGACAAAAAACAAAGCUCUAAGCUAAAUUGGCAAAUGAGAUUUGAUAUUAUUAAUGGUAUUGCUCGAGGGCUUCUAUAUCUUCACCAAGAUUCGCGGUUUAGGAUCAUCCAUAGAGACUUGAAAGCGAGCAACGUCUUGCUUGAUAAAUAUAUGACUCCAAAGAUCUCGGAUUUCGGGAUGGCUAGGAUCUUUGGAAGGGAUGAUACAGAAUCUAUCACGAGGAAGGUGGUCGGAACCUACGGUUACAUGUCUCCUGAAUAUGCAAUGGAUGGGAUAUUUUCAGUGAAGUCAGAUGUUUUCAGCUUUGGGGUCUUGCUUCUUGAGAUCAUAAGUGGCAAGAGGAACAAAGGAUUCUACAAUUCGGACCGUGAUGUUAAUCUUCUCGGUUGCGUGUGGAGGAACUGGAAAGAAGGAAAAGGACUAGAGAUCAUAGAUCCGAUCAUCGCAAAUUCUUCAUCAACGGUCAAGCAACAUGAAAUCUUAAGAUGCAUCCAAAUUGGUCUGGUGUGUGUUCAAGAACGUGCAGAGGACAGACCAACGAUGUCCUUGGUAGUUUUGAUGCUUGGAAGCGAAUCAACGACUAUACCUCAGCCUAAACUACCUGGUUAUUGCCUCCGGAGGAAUCCUGUUGAAACUGAUUUUUCGUCGAAUAAACGGCGUGAUGAUGAACCGUGGACAGUGAAUCAAAUUACUGUCUCAGUCCUUGACGGUCGAUGAUUUAAACGUCCGAGCCAAUCUGUGUAGAGGCAUACUAUCUGUCUCUGUAGUGAGCCUCGAUAGCAAAGUAUUACAACAUGAUUGACUAGUUUUUUCCAUUUCUAUUCCUUUUUACUUAUCAUCUAAUUUACUAUUAAAGGAAACUUCCUAACUUUUUUGUCA